AUGUUAUGGUGGAAGGCAGGCACAGUCGCAUAUCAAAAGGAUACACGACCAAUAAAACAUGACAUUAGAGAUGUUGGCUCUCUGUUGACCUCAAGGAGCACUAAUCAAAUCAAACACGAAAAGAACGGAGAUAGAGAGACCGACCAAGUGAAGGUGAGAGCAGAUGGGCAAGAUGAUCAGCAUGCAUACGACUGGAGUUCUUUGCUUUCCUUGAAAGAUAUCCAGUCUCUUUGUUUGCAGGAUUCUUGUUUUCCAGGGAAGGGGCACCAAGAUGUUUCUCCAACAACCAUAGCAAGAAUUCCAAAGUCUUAUGUACCGAAUGUUAUCAUGCCAAAAGUUUCUGUUUCUGAAGGCACAGAGAAGAAGAACAAUUUUACUGAGGAUAGACCAAAUAUUAGAGCCAGUUUGAUCCCACGUCCCCGUGCUGUCUUAUCUAGUCCUGACAAUGAUGCAGUGAUCGGAAAUAACAACCGAACUAAAGUGGCACGGCCUACAGCUUCGAAGAAUAAUAAGCUGAUUCAAAGUAGACAUGAACUAUGUAAAGUUGUCCCCAGUCAAAUGACUGAUGCAAGUCCAACAAAUACAAGAAAGUCUAAGAGCACCCCUGAUAAUAAGAGCGAGCUUAAAGUAAAGAAAGGGUCGCCAACGGAAGCAUCCAAUCAGAGAAGAAAGACUGCAACCGAUAAACCACAUUUUAUGAGAAUCUAA